CGAGCCCACCUUGAGGCCGGGGCGGGGCGUCGGGCUGGCGUCACCAGGACAACGGGCGUCGCCGGCGCCGUGUGACUUCAGGCUGUGGGCGCGCUCGCGGCCAUGGUUUUCUCAAACAGUGAUGAUGGCCUUAUCAACAAGAAGCUACCCAAGGAGCUCCUCUUGAGAAUAUUCUCCUUCUUGGACAUCGUAACUCUAUGCCGAUGUGCACAGAUCUCCAAGGCCUGGAACAUCUUAGCCCUGGAUGGCAGCAACUGGCAACGGGUGGAUCUUUUUAACUUCCAGACAGAUGUAGAGGGCCGAGUGGUGGAAAACAUCUCCAAGAGGUGCGGUGGCUUCCUUAGAAAGCUCAGCCUGCGUGGCUGCAUCGGAGUCGGGGACUCCUCUUUGAAGACCUUUGCACAGAACUGCCGGAACAUUGAACAUUUAAACCUCAAUGGCUGCACGAAAAUCACUGACAGCACGUGUUACAGCCUUAGCAGAUUCUGUUCCAAGCUGAAACACCUGGAUCUCACGUCCUGCGUGUCUGUUACCAACAGCUCUUUAAAGGGCAUCAGCGAGGGCUGCCGGAACCUGGAAUAUCUGAACCUCUCCUGGUGUGACCAGAUCACAAAGGAAGGCAUUGAGGCGCUGGUGCGGGGGUGCCGGGGUUUGAAAGCCCUGCUCCUGAGGGGUUGUACACAGUUAGAGGACGAAGCUCUGAAACACAUUCAGAACCACUGCCACGAGCUGGUGAGCCUCAACCUGCAGUCCUGCUCACGCAUCACUGAUGAUGGCGUGGUGCAGAUCUGCAGGGGCUGCCACCGGCUACAGGCUCUGUGCCUCUCGGGUUGUAGCAACCUUACGGAUGCAUCUCUCACAGCCUUGGGCCUGAACUGCCCCAGACUACAAGUUUUGGAGGCUGCCCGGUGCUCCCAUCUGACCGACGCAGGCUUUACACUGCUAGCUCGGAAUUGCCAUGAGCUGGAGAAGAUGGACCUUGAAGAAUGUGUCCUGAGUCCCACGCUCAGGAGAAUCCAGGACCGGGUGUUAAGCCCUAGUGCAGGAGCCACACUGACUGUGUCUCUCUCCAGAUUACCGACAGCACCCUCGUCCAGCUCUCCAUCCACUGUCCCAAGCUGCAAGCCCUGGCUGCUUUUAGAAAUGGGAGAUAAGAGUAAACUAAACUGACACCACAGUGAGUCAGGUGGUGUGAGGUGCACAGCUGUGAUCUUAGCUCCUGGGAAGCUGCCACCCGAAGAGUUCAGGUGUGAGCCCAGCCUGGCUGCCAUGUCGAGACCAUAUUUCAAAGAACAAGAUCAAAAAAAAAGCUUACUUCAGAAACUAAAAUGAAACCCACCAAAGAUGAUGAACAGAGCAUCAGGCCUGCAGUGAGACUACAACUCAGGGCCGAGGAGAAGAGAAACAUCACAGGCUGCUGACUCUAUUCACUGCAAAGUGUCCUGAGGGCUCCCCUGGCCUGGACUGUGGGCAUCAGCAAUCUCACCCUGGCUCUGGAACGUGAAUCUUUGUGUAAGGCAUGGGUGAGCAGCAUGUGGCCCCUGACCCCAUGCUAGACACCCCAUUAGCCCCCCCACCAGCCCAGUACACCGAGGGCAAUCCAGGUGCAGGCGUCAUGUGAAGUGCGUUUGCAGUAUAGUGGGUCCCAAGUUUACAAGGACAGCCAACUCAGUGAUUGACAGACUGGCAGUGAGUGUCUCCUCCAGCAGCCCAGUAGGGCAGAUAAAAGGCAGAAUGAGUGGAAAAAAGAAGUCUUUCUUCUAUGCUGGAAGUGCCUUCCUUAGAUAACCGGCUUCCUUGGCUGAGCAGGUGGCACACACCUUUGAUCCCAGCACUCAGGGGGCAGUGGUAGUCAGAUCUCGGAGUUUGAGGCCAGCCUGGUCUAUACAGAGUUCCAGAACUACAUAGAGACCCUGUCUUUAAAAAAAAAAAAAAUCUUCCUUAUACUUUCUUACCUUAUCAUCGACUUUCAACUAAGUGCCUAGGCACACACUUCUACUUAAAUAUUAAGAAGGCCAAGAGAAGAUGGGGCAGCCAGCCAGGGACCUUAGGGCCAUGGGAUUGAAUGAGUCACUGGGUGUUUUUUGCUUUAUAUAUCCCAAGAUAGGCUUAAAGGAGCUGAUAACAAGGGAUUCUGAGACAGGAACAAAUCCCCAAGAACCUGUUGUUUCUGCUCAGAGGACCCAGGGGGAGGAUGGUCUACCAAGAAGCCUUCCUGGCAGUAACUCAAAACAGAGCUAUGCUUCCUGCCAGGAAAGGGUGAAUGGACAGUCUUUCAUCUUUGCCCAGGAGUGACAAUCUGCAGGACCACCUGAGAGCACACAGGGAGCCUAGACCUAAGGCAGACCUGAGGCAGGCUGUCUGAAGGGGUCUGAACACCUACCUGUCUCACGGCGGCGAGGCAACUGCCCCAUAGGCAUCGGACGAUCAGUAUGGGGACUUGGCCAUUGGAUGCAGACUACGGGGCCUUACCUCACAACGCAGUACUAUAGGCCUGGUGCAAGGAGAUGUAAUGAAGGUGUCGGAGCAUUCUGGAUGUAACAGAACAGUCUGGACUUAUGUUUGGUGGCAGUGUGCAGAUGACAAGUCCAGAUUAACAUGACAUUUGACAUUUUAAAGUGGACUUCAGAAAAAUGUUCCUGGUAGAAAUUAUGAAGACACCAUAAAAGCAACAAAGUCAGUGCUCAUGAGUAGAUACAGAACAUAGAACUGUUCCGAAAAUUAAAACCAAAAACCAGUGAACGGCCUUAAAGCAAAGUGGUCUAGUGUUGGCAAGUGAGCACAGCCUUUAGAGAACAAAGGGGGUGACUUGGGAGCAGGGACAAAAGAUGUGACAGUCAUAGGAUCACAGUUAGAACCAAAACAGGGCUAAAAAGUCCCAAGCUGGUACCAUGUUCCUGUAGGUUGAAGCUGACCAGACCUCGGGCAGAUGCUCAUCAUGGGCCAUCUUCCAACCACCAAAGCCAGUUUCCUCACGAGGAUCCUUGGGCAGACACUGGCAAAGGCCCAGAAUCCUCACCUCAGAAUCCUGUGAUGGAAAUCUCCAGGAAGUGCUGGGAGGACACUGGGGUGAAUUUAAAAUGAAUCUACUACCACAGAAAGCACGACAGUGGGUCCUCAGUGUUACAGUGCCACUGCUGAGUAUGUUAAACAGAACACACAGCACCGGCACGCGGCAAGGCUGGGAGACAGACGCGCACAUCCACAUUAACGGUGUGAUCCCACAGCAGGCAAGGGAAGAAGCUGAAGCGUCACUAGGUAAACUCGAGACUCUCCUCAUGCAGAGGAUGUUGUCGAGACAGAAGGGGAUCCUGGCACAAGCUUCACCCGGCUGAGCAGGAGGACAGGAUACCAAGUGAAGUAGGACAGUGUCGUCAGAAGAAAGCAAAAUAAAGCCCAAAUUAAAAGGCCAUAACACGGUAGAGCACAGUGAGUGGAAAACACAAACACCAGAGCAGUAUCCUAGCAACACUGGCUGCUGCUUUGGAAACAGGCCCCAGGCCAGGCUGCUAGUAUCAGCAGCAAUCAGCUGCCACCAGGUCUAUACAGGCUGAGCGUCCUGUAUCUAAAAUGGGGCCAAGGUGUUGGCCUUCCAGAUUGUCUCAUUAUAUACACUUAGAUAAUGAAGUACUUGAGGCUAGGUCCAAAAUCUAGAAACAAAUUAAUCUUAUGCCUAACGUGCACCUUUCACAAUUGCUACUGCACCGUGUUCUGACUGUGACCUGUUCUAUUUGUAGUGAUAAUCAAAAUUGUUUAGAUUUGGAGAAUUUCAAAUUUUCACAUUAUGGAUGCUAAACUUGUAGGAGGCACAACUACAUAAAUCUGACAACAUGAGCGAAAUGAACGUCUAACUCACUUGAUAUAAAAUAACCCAAAUAACCCUUAAGGAAGUUCCUAAAUUACCCCAAAUGUACAUGUAGGAACAUGUAGAAAUGCUAUAGAACUUUUGCUAACACUUAAAGAAUUAACAGGGUUCUAUACUGCUGGCCUUUCUGGGAAGUGUAACAUCACCCAGGGAUCCUGGGCUGCAAGGGGAACCCCAUGAGCAGGCUCGAUGGGAAGGAUGUUUGCUGCCAAGUUUGGUGAUCUUCAUUUGAUUCCUGUGACCCCAAUGGUGGCCUGUCUCCUGCCACACUCUGAGCCUGACAUUCUUGUCCCCCAGCCUGGGCCUCCAAGCACAUUCUGUCCUUUCCUACCUGAACCCCAGCACCUGACAUUAUUAGCUCACGGACUGUCAAGCUCAGCCUGUCGGUCGCUCUCAGACACUGGAUCUUUUCUCUUUACAGCAUUUAUGCUCAUAUGCAUUUUCUAUUUUCAUGGGUGGGGGGCAACUGUCCAGUCUGAAGUUAUUAAGUAAACUUGGCCAUGUAAACUCACCCUAGUACUUCUGCAACCUUAAUUACCACUUCUAAGAGGCUGGUGAUAUAUGACCAAGGUCAGGAUCUCAUUGCAUAGCCACAACUGAAUCAUGGAUGUGUGUACUUUUAAUGUGUGUACGUGUCUGUGCUAGGGUCCAUGCAUGGGACUGUGGAUGCUCCUGUAGCUGGAGUUACCAGUUGUGAGCAGUAUGUGCUUUUAAUUUACACUUCCAACCCUGUGCAUUUUAGACAAGGACAGUAAAUCUACUGGCUUUACUAUUGGCACCUUUACUCAAACUGGGCCAUAAAACUGGUCAAGGGAGUAAACUCGGAACUGUCCCCUGAAGCAUCUUUCCUUGUUUCUGGUUGGAAAGCCGUGGUCGGGGGUAGCUCUUAGAGAAAACCGCAGAUUACUUCCUAUGCACUAGACAGGGGAGAAUGAAGCCCGGCAGGCUGUUAAGUCGGAUGAGGUGUUGGUAGUCUCCGGCUCUUCCAGCCCUCCGUUUAUUCAUGGUGACCCUUCCCACACAUGGCACUGAGUCUUCAGCGCGUGCUUUGCAGAGGACACUGCCACACCGCAGUACAGCAAGCAGUUACUCUGGACACUUUUCCUAGCUGGAGCUUAGCGUGCCUCUCCU